AUGCCUACGCUUCGCCCUCGCCGUGCCCAACUGUCGCCUCCCAACCCAGGCGACGAGCCGAGUCCGCCACCAACAACGGCGGCUGGAGCUGUAUCCAGGUCAACUCACAGCAGUAGGCGUCCAUCUGGUACAGAGGCCUCAGCGACAGCUAUCGUGCCAUCGGCGCCCUCAGCGGGCUCCCGUCAGGUUGCUCGUAGUGACCGUAGCGCCCCCCGUCCCGCACCGAAGCGACGUCAAGCUGCCCCGUCGAGGGCCGCGAAAACUCGGCAGGGCUCCUCGAGUCGAGCGGUCAAACGCGCCAAGACGAGCACAAGGAAUAGUGGCGGGAGUACCGAUACCCGCCGCACGGAAGGCUUAGAGGACCUCGCGGAAACAUCAGAGCAGUCUCCAAUCAUCGUUGACAAUGGCGCAGGAAGUGACUCCGAAACGCCGGUGACAGUGCUUCCCAGUCCGAGCACCUUCGCCAUGCAGCCGGACCCGGUGUCACACCUGGCGCAACAAUUUGCCGCUCCAGCCAAUAGUACGACACCAGGCGCGCCCAAUAACAAUUAUGACGCUCAGUUCCGAGCUCAAUUCGACCAGCUCAACACGCUGGCCUCGACGGUCAAUAGUCUGGCAAGUCAAUCAGGCAUCCAACUCACAUCUGAAGGCGGGUCGCUGCACCUACAAAAUCCUCCGCCGGUGUUGACGACCCAACGAGGUGCGUUCCGGGCAUCACCGUUCAACUCGCCGUCUCCAUCGUUUGGAUCUACCUCCCUUGUCGAAGCUGGCGGUAGUCAUCCUAGUACGCUGUUAGCAGCAUCGCCACCAAGUAACCUCGUGGGGGUAACCAGUCAAGCGUUCCCGUACCCCUCGACUCGCAUCAAGCACAACUUCUACCCUCCACCCCAAGACGCCCUCGCAGCCUUCAGGGUGUUUCGUGAUCUACAUUCUGCUGAUGGUCUGUAUCGCUCACCGCAUGCAUUUGCCUUGUUUUUGCUUGCAAGGCUGCGGGGCCGCAUUGACGUUAACGAGACUUUGGUCAUGGCCAUCUUCGGGAUACGCUUGGGGAGACCCACCGCUUCGGAUAACAAAGUGGUUACGUUCAAGUUUCAAGCUGGACUCGAACUACCAAGCGCAUCCAACAAGCCGUGUGCAUCAAUGCUGGAGUUGACCCAAGCCGUGAAUGGCCUUUGCAAUUUCGCAUCCACGUUCUGGUUCGAACUCGGUCAACAUCUCGCGUCGGCCCUCCGAACUUUUGCUUUCGAGCGCCUUCGUAUCGACCCCGACCCCCCAUGUCCGAUUCUUCAGCUCACCCUGAAUUACAUUGAUUUAUGGCUGGGUAAUGCCCUCGAUGCCCUCGCUAGCGAGUCAUCAACGUGGUGGAGAGACUAUGUUUCGGGAGUCCGUGCAAUUUCGGUUGAUUCUCCGCAGUGGUUGGCCGACCUCGUGAACAUAUCGGAGCAGUACCGCAAGCACCAAGACCGCUCCCGACCGCAGCGGGCACCACCUGUGGCUCCGAACGUCCGCCACGGCCAGCGGCUAGGCCAACGCCAAGUCCAAGUCGCACUAGCCCAGCCUCGCAAUGCCACGCAGUCCCAUACAACGCUGUCGGCAAAGCUACCCCCUCACCUAGCUACGCUCCUCCCACGGAAUGAACGCAAUGAACAACCAUGCCUUCGCCACUUCUCUGGCAACGGUUGUUCUGGCGGGAAGCAACGAUGUACACUUGCGAAUUGCGUCCACGAGUGGCCAACACCACUUCCUGCUGAGCUCAUCGCAUGGGCAAAGCUCAAUGUCGGCCGUCCACGCGCCGCUCGACGAGACCCGACAACGAACGACAACCAGCAAUGA